GCGCGAGAGAGCCGUGACGCACUCCUCAACUAGCCAACCAUGGUGUCAGACAAGGCAGUCACCACUGCGUCGACUGCGCAGACGCUGCCGCUUCCUUCGCACGCCUGGACACUCGACUACCUCCGCCUACGCCUCAUCGCGACCCUUGUGCGGCUGCCGGUCCAGCUCGCGCUUGGCGUGUCGCCUUACCUGCUGCAUACCGAUAAUUACCUUCGAGGAAAGGGAGUGACGAGGAAGCGGAUUCUUGUCCCCUCUCGCCAAAAGGGCCGGAGUAUCAAGGUCGACGUCUACCAACCCGAGUCAUUUACGGCGACUGAGGGCGGGGCGUGGCAGGCUGCAACGAAGCCUGUCCACAUCAACUGGCAUGGCUCUGGUUUCGUCCUGCCAUGCCUAGGCGGUGAUGUCGACUUCUGCACAUAUAUGGUCCAGAAACUCCAAAUCACAAUACUGGAUGCCGACUAUCGAAAGGCGCCCGAGAAUCCCUUUCCUGCUGCCAUAGAAGAUGCCGAAGACGUGGCAUUGUGGACGCUCGCGCAGAAGCAGUCAUGGGACACGUCCAAGCUCUCCCUCUCCGGAUUCAGCGCCGGCGCCAAUCUGGCCCUCUCCACCUCGUGGCAGCUCGGCCCCGAGCGGGUGCUGGCCGUGGCGACGCUGUAUCCCGUCACAGACUUUGUCAACCACGGCGGACCCAAGACGCCUCCCAAGGCUAGCAAGGGAGCCUUGGCGCUGCCCCGCGUCGUGUCACGCUUCUUUGAUCAGUCUUACCUUGUCAUCAACUCCAACCGCAAGGACCCACGUCUGUCGCCCCUGUAUGCAGAGCCACAGCGGUACCCUCGCAGCGUCUACAUUGCCUGUGGCCAGGGCGACACGCUGCACGACGACGGCAAGCUCUUGAUUGAGAAGCUACAGAAGGAGGAUCACGCAGACGCCAAGUUCGUAUCGCUCCCCGGUAUGGGCCACGGCUUCGACAAGGCCAGGAGCGGCCCGGCAGUCGACGUGGCGAGGCAGACCUACCUCGAAUUUGCCAACCGCAUUCAGGCCAGCUGGACGCUUGCCAAGCUCUAGAUGCUAUUGUUGUUGAAGCUCUAUUAUACAGAUUGCAGGAUGUGCUUUGUUCGUGUUGCUUCGUUAAUGGAUCUCGUUAUAUUC